AUGCCGAUGACGCUCGCUCUCGGCCUGCGCCUCGUACUCGCCACGGCGCUCUUCGGCGCGGCUGGCGCUGUCUCGUCAGAGCUGCGCAUGGCCUCCAGGGCCAAGAUGGCAGCACGCAGCCACGCCAACCCCAUCCGGCGCGUGGUGGACCUGCUGCAGAAGAUGCAGAAGCAGGCCGAGAGUCUGCCCGGUGCCCGCUGGUGGUCAGUGGGCGCCCCGCGCGCGGUGGAGGCAUAUGAGUAUGCCGAGCCUGGUGGCCUUCGCGACCGUCCCGGCGGAUAUGACAAGUUCAUGUGCUACUGCACAACGGGCACGGGUCAGCUGGAGUCUGCCAUCACCUCCAACGAGGAGAAGAUCGAGCAGGUGGCGGCCUCCCUCCAGGAGGCGGAGUCCCGGAAGUCCCAGCUCGACGCCGACCUGAAGAAGCACAAGGCCGACCGGGAGGCCGGCGAGGCUGCCGUGGCCACGGCCAAGGCCCUCCGCGCCAAGGAGGCCGCGAUGUUUGCCAAGACGGUCUCCGACUACAAGGCCAACCUCGCGGCUAUGGCCAAGGCCAUCGAGGCCAUCUCCAAGGGCAUGGCGGGCAGCUUCCUGCAGUCCGCGACGUCCGGCGCCCUGCGCCGCCUGGCCGUGGACGCAGACAUGCCCGCGUCCGACCGCGACGUCCUGACCUCGUUCUUGUCGCAGAGCGGCUCCUCCGACUACGCGCCGCAGGCUGGGCAGAUCUCUGGCAUCCUGCAGCAGAUGCAGGAGACCAUGGAGAAGGACCUCAAGGACGCCCAAGCCUCUGAAGAGAACGCCGUGUCGGUCUUCGAGGCGCUGAUGGCUGCCAAGACCGCUGAGAUCGAGGCGCUUACGACGGCGAUCGAACAGAAGCUGGAGGCCUCUGGAGAGCUCGGCCUGGAAAUAGCCAACAUGAAGGAGGACAGCGAUGACACCGCCAAGACCCUCGCGGAGGACAAGGCCUUCCUUGCUGAGCUGAGCAAAGGCUGUGCCACGAAGAAGCAGGAGCAGGAGGAGCGCACCAAGAUCCGCACGGACGAGCUGCUUGCCAUCGCGGACACCAUCCAUUUCCAUUCUGAAUGA